AUGGGUGUCACUGUUGAUAGCAUCGCUCCCGGUAACGGCGCCGACUUCCCCAAGGCCGGAGACAAGGUCUCCAUGCACUACGUCGGAACUCUCGAGAACGGCAAGAAGUUCGACAGCUCCAGAGACAGAGGCAAGCCGUUCGAGACCGUCAUUGGCGUCGGCCAGGUCAUCAAGGGCUGGGACGAGGGUGUUCCCAAGCUCUCUCUUGGCGAGACCGCCAGACUCACCAUCACUGGUGACUACGCUUACGGAUCCAGAGGAUUCCCCGGUCUCAUUCCUCCCAACGCUACCUUGAUCUUCGAGGUCCAGCUUUUGGGAAUCAACGGCAAGAAGGCCUAA